AUGCAGCCUCCGACGCCGAGGCCGGCGCCUGAAGCGGCGGGAGAACCGCGCGCCGAUUCAGAGAACACGGACGCGCUGCACGAGUCGCUGAUGGAGGUGGUGGCCAAACAGGCCUCGGACGAGCUGUCUCUGCCUCGCAUCGCGGCCGCCAAGAAGGUGCAGCAGCGCAGCGCGCACAUGAUCGCGCUGUCGCACGAGCUGACGCUGGAGGAGCUGCGCCCGCACUUCGACAAGCCCAUCGUGGAGGUCGCGCGCGAGUUCGGCAUCUGCACCACGUUCCUCAAGAAAAUGUGUCGCCGCUGCGGCAUCGAGCGCUGGCCGCACCGACAGAUCCGCUCGCUGACCCGCACCAUUCAAAUGCUGGAGCAGGUGGAGGCCGUGGCCACCGACCCGGAGGAGAAGGCGAGAUACACGCUGCAGAUCGAGGAGCUCAAGGAGAAGCAGCGCGCCGUGAUGGAGGAUCCGGACGCGCACGCUAACCUAAAGAGGAGGAAGAGAUAUGGCACCCCGAAGAGCUCCACGACAAGUGAUGGUGCUGUGGCAACGGCUGCCAGCAAAGUCUCCGAGCUGCCUUCGACGACGCAGCCUUCCGAUCUUGGUUCUAUCCAACCGAGCACCGAGAAUCUGUCAGCUCUAGCCAUUGCAGCAGAAUCGUUGAUGGCCUCCGCCGGGCCUCCGAAGGAACCUUGUGAUGUGCCGGUUUCAUCUCCGCUUGGUGCGCAGAUCCCCCCAGCGGCGUUAACAGCUCCAGCUCCACUUGCAACACCAAUGCAGGCUAGUGCUUCCACUUCACCGUCAGCGAGGCUCUCGCCAAGCAACCGCAAGUUAAAGCUGGCAAAGGUUCGUGAUGAUGCUGAAAGUCGCCUUCGCAGCACUUCCAUCGGGUCGUUGCAAGAUCAACCAGCCAAGCAGCCGAGCGCGAAUGGUGCGUAG